AGCGUCGGAUAGAAUGGCGAAUUAUUACUAACAUUAAAACAUUAUAAAGAAUAACUAUUGUUUGAAAAUAACCUUAUUCAUUAUGUUGGGGUUAUUUGACGUCAUUUCAAGCAGCGAAACAUAUUCUUUGGAUCUAAAAUAUCAGUACCUUGAAGCAGUAGACACGUUUCAAAGUUUUUCUGGACAAGUAUGUUUUACCAUGAGUUCUAAGAACAUUGAAAAUGUUACCAAGGAAAUCAAGGAGAAUCUAAAAACUCCUGAAAAAAGGACUCAUGGAUUACUAUUACUUCAGAAAUUUCUUGGACAAUGCUCGUCGGAAGUUUUUAUGGAAAACAGCCUAUCAUGGGCUCAUUCUCUGUCACUUAUUUUAAAGAAUAAUUGCAUAGAACCCAAGCAUCUAGCAUGUUCUAUACUGUCAAGAGUGUUAGAACAUUUGCCUUCAUUUCCCGAGCUUUGGCGGGAAGCAGCAGGAAGAAUUAUACCAUCUCUUGUGGAAACACUAACCCAUACACCAUCACCAGAAGAGAUGCUAGAUGACUUGAUGAUGUGCUUAUCACACUGUAUGCUGAAAUUUCCUGGCCCAUGUGGUCAGUUUAAGAAUCGUAUUGAACUGUUUCUGUUGACUCACUUUGACAAAUGGAAGUUCAGAUCACCUGAGCAUCUUGCUAUGUGUUUUGCACUGUUGCCAUCUUGUGGUGGUGGAGGAAAUCAAGGAAAAAUACAUGCUGCUGCUUGGUUAGAACAGAUGGACAAACUAUUGGGUGUUAUGCACAGUAUUCUGGACUCUCUCUAUGAACAGUUAGAAAAUGGUGGGUUUUUUGAUACUAUAAAUGGCAACUUGUGAGUGAUGGAUUUGAAG